AUGGCGGACGAGCAACUUUUGUUUUUCUUUCUUGCUGCCCAAAACUCUGCUCGGGAAACAGCUAUAAGCCGGAACAAUCUAUUGAAAAAACAAGGAAAAGCACGUUAUCAUCGUUAUGUAAAACGAGAUUCCUUCAACGUUAUUUGUGAAGAGCUUGCUCCAUCUAUUGAAAAACAUUACACAAACUAUCGAAAAGCAAUUCCGGUGCGAGUCAGAGUUGCAAUUACAUUAUAUCGCUUAGGAGACACCGCACACUUCCGUACGAUAUCCAACUUGUUUGGUGUUGGGAAGUCGACUGUGUGCUCCAUCGUUAGAGAAGUUUGCCAAGCCAUCGUCGAUGUUCUUCUUCUGCGAUACAUACAACUUCCAAAUAGCAGACAACAGAUACAAGAAGAGAUAGAUGGUUUUAAGGAACGCGCUGGAUUCCCACAAGUGGUUGGAUCUGUUGAUGGGUGCCACAUUCCCAUCCUCAAGCCAAAUGAUAGUCUUGAGGAUUAUGUCAACAGRAAAAAAUUCCAUUCAAUUAUUCUUCAAGCAUUGGUAGACAGCAAUUAUUUGUUUCGAGAUAUUUGUGUUGGUUGGCCUGGUAAGGUACAAGGGUGUUCAAAGAUUCCUCAUUGUUUACUUCGUGCUGCAACAGGUCCUUUCACCCUCAAGGCCUUGCUAAAGUUAUCUCAGGACAAGCCGUACCACCAUUAA